UCUUAGCUGCUUUUCGUUUUAUGCGGAAAAUACUCUUGUACUGUCUGAUGCUACUCUAUGCAAACAUCAUUGUUUAUGCCUCGCCUAUGCAAUAGGAACACACCUUUAUACUUCUGUUUAGUAGGAUUUUUGAAGUGACAGCUUCAUAGUUUGCGGUGAUUGACUAUAUAAAGUGUAUUGGUUUGGUUGUAUAUUAUAAUGUAUAUGAUGGGUAAGAUUGAGACAGUACGGUAGGAACACAAAACAUACAAUAUAGAAUCUAUAUUAUAGAUUAUAGACUCUAAUAUACAUUUAUGUUCCUGGGCCCUUGCCCGUACUUCUGCAUUUUUAAAAAGGUUAACUGAAAAUGUUAUUGUUUCUUACAAGGUUUCAUCGAAAAAAUAUAAAAAUUUAUAUCUUACAUAAAUAAAUAUUACCCUAUAAAUUAAAAGCGGAAAAUUACGAAAUUAUAAAAUAUGGUAAACAUAAUAUUUAGUACUUGCAGAAUUUGUUUGCACGUAAAAGUAAUUGAAAGUGAGGUAUGGAAAAAUAUUACAGAAAUAGAUGAUUAUAUCAAUAAUAUAACCAUCGCCGAUAAAAUUCAACUUUUAUCUGAAGUAAAGCCUGACACCACGUCGGAACUUGCUCUUUUAAUAUGCCCAGCUUGUGCUACAACUUUGAAAAUUGCUUAUGAUUUUCGAGUAGCUUGCAGAAAUAGUGAAAAUAUUAUAACAAAUUUUAUAGCACAAUAUAAAAAACAGUCUUUAUCCGAAAAAAUAUUGACUUGCCAUUAUGAAACAAAUAUGAAGGAAUUCAAAUUUGGUCAGAAAGAAAUUGCACAGCGAUUGGACAAAGAAAUAAAAUCAAAUGAUAAUGCUGUUAAUAAGAAGAGUUCCUCAAAAACUAAAGCUGAUCUGAAUGGCAAAUGUAAAAAUAAGAACGUUUUCGAAGAUGAUAAAGAUAAACCCCUUGGGAGCUAUAAUCUUAUAACUGAAAAUAAUUCUGCGUAUUCUGAUAGCGAUGUUGAAUCCUUACGACAAUCUAUAAUAAACAAAUCGAAUUUAAAAACAAAUAUUAAGCCAAAUGAAAUUAAAAGUAAAGUUUAUGUACGCAAAUAUUCAAAAUCAAAUACGAAGGAAAAAAUAUUUGUUUGUGAACUUUGUGGUAAUGUCUACAAAAAAAGAGCUUUGCUAACGGAUCAUAUGAGAUGGCAUAGUGGAUCGAAAGAUUUCAAAUGCGAGAUAUGCGGGAAGGAAUUUUUACUAAACACAUAUUUAGCUCGGCAUGUAAGAACUCAUACAGGCAUAAGAAAUUACAAAUGUUCGUUUUGUAGCCGAACUUUUUACACAAAUGGUUUAAAACGAGCUCAUGAAAAAGUUCAUACUGGGGAGAGAUGCUACAAAUGUGAGCUAUGUACGCGAACUUUUUCAUAUUCCCAGUCUUUACAGCGUCAUAUGCUAGUUCACUCUGGCGUUAAACCACAUAAAUGUGAAGAUUGCGGGAAGGAAUUCCGUCAAGAAUCUCAUUUAAAGCAACAUAAAGCUACAAAUAUUCAUAAAUACAGUUAAGUAGCAAUACAUAU